ACUCUCCCUAUAAAGGGAGAAAAUGAGUUCCCUCUUUCUCACAAGUAAUAUCAAUAAAUUCAACACUCAAAGUAGAGAACUCACAAGACUGCUAGAUCAUUCUUCUCCAGAGAAACUUCAUUCUGCAACUUCAUCGAUCAUGAUCUCUGUUGUAAUCAUCGCUGAGCUACUAGUGGAGUACACGACAGCUCUCGCUAAACUCACCGCUGAUAUUCUUCCGAGGCGGGAAGGCGACGGAAACUUCAUACGGAUUGGCAAUUUCUCAAUGUAUUGUCCUCCUAGAUCCUCGCCCGUUCCAGAUUUCUCUUCGCAUCUCGUCGAUUUCUGAUCUUGUCAAUGUGUUUUUCUCUUCUUCUAUUCUUUUGAUCGAGUAGAUGAGUCUUUUUUUUGUUGCUAAAACCGAGUAGAUGAGUCACAGCUGAGGAUUUUGUUAACCUCUAUUUUGUUUAUUUUCUCUUAACUUUUGUAUUUCUAACUCUUUCUCCAUGUCAUAACUAAUAUUCGAUUAUUUGUUUUCUUUAGAAUAAUUAUGAUUUUGUAUUUACUGAAUUAUACUACAAAAUGAUGACUUUGUUUUCUUGA